GAGGAGGCGGAGGAGGAGGAGGGCAGCAGCGAGGCGCCGAGUGGCUGGAGGGGUGCUGCAGGCACCUGGCCGUCAGGACCUUGGUCCUCGCAGGCUUGGCUCGGGAAGACCUAUGUGGCGAACUGGAGGAUCUUCCAGGCCACCUGGGGUCCGGAUUCAGUUCAACAGAUAUUCCCGAAGCUGCCCCUGCUCUGUGCCUGCCCUUGUGCUCGCUGCAGGAACUCAGAUGAACCAGGCUCCUUUUCGUGGUGUUCUGAGAGCAACUGACUCUGUCCGGGAGACGGGUGGAUAAAUCUUACUUGAUUUGAACCUUCAGCCAAGUCACUAGCUGAAAGCGCGAAUGUAACAUGUGCAAAGGUGUAAUUGGGUCUUCUUGUCUGGCCAGUGGUGAAAAUCUAAAUAUCAAAGAAGCUUCAGUGUAAAAGAUAGAGGAAAGAUUGUGACCAUGGCUGCUGAGUCUGAUGUUCUGCACUUCCAGUUUGAACAGCAAGGAGAUGUAGUCUUGCAGAAAAUGAAUCUCUUGAGACAGCAGAAUUUAUUUUGUGAUGUUUCAAUUUAUAUUAAUGACACUGAGUUCCAGGGGCACAAGGUGAUUUUAGCUGCUUGCUCCACUUUUAUGAGAGAUCAAUUUUUACUCACGCAGUCAAAACAUGUCAGAAUCACCAUCUUGCAGAGUGCAGAAGUUGGCAGAAAAUUGUUGCUCUCUUGCUACACUGGAGCACUUGAAGUUAAAAGGAAAGAGCUUUUGAAAUACUUGACUGCUGCUAGUUACCUUCAGAUGGUUCACAUUGUGGAAAAGUGCACAGAAGCUUUGUCAAAAUAUCUGGAAAUUGAUCUUUCUAUGAAAAAUAACAAUCAACAUGCUGACCUGUGUCAAUCCUCUGAUCCAGAUGUUAAGAAUGAAGAAGAAAAUUCAGAUAAAGACUGUGAGAUCAUUGAAAUUUCAGAGGAUAGUCCUGUAAACAUAGAUUUCCAUGUUAAAGAAGAAGAAAACAAUGCUUUACAGUCUGCAGUAGAGAGCUUGACAUCAGAAAGAAAGGAAAUGAAGUCACCGGAGCUGUCUUCAGUAGACAUAGGUUUUAAAGACAGUGAAAUUCGUAUCCUCCAUGUGGAAUCAAUCAGUACUGGGGGUGUAGAAAAUGGGAAGUUUUCACAGCCUUGUACCUCUUCAAAAGCAAGCAUGUAUUUCUCGGAAACACAGCAUUCACUGAUCAAUUCUACAGUUGAGAGCAGAGUGGCAGAAGUUCCUGGGAAUCAAGAUCAGGGCUUAUUCUGUGAGAAUACUGAAGGAAGUCAUGGUACAGUGAAUGAGAUUCAGAAUCUAGAGGAUGCUUUUUCCCUGAGGCACCAGUGCCCCCGGUGCCCUCGGGGGUUUCUUCACGUUGAAAACUAUCUGCGCCACCUUAAGAUGCAUAAACUGUUCUUGUGCUUACAGUGUGGGAAAACAUUUACACAAAAGAAAAAUCUCAACCGGCACAUUCGAGGGCACAUGGGCAUACGGCCCUUUCAGUGUACUGUAUGCCUGAAGACAUUUACUGCUAAAAGCACACUUCAGGACCACUUGAACAUACACAGUGGGGAUCGGCCAUACAAAUGCCACUGUUGUGACAUGGAUUUCAAGCACAAAUCUGCUCUCAAAAAGCACUUAACCUCUGUCCAUGGCAGAAGCAGUGGUGAAAAACUACCCAGGCAUGAUCUGGAAAGGCAAAAUCGGCUAUAAUUAGAAUCACACCUUGCUAUGUAAGCCUUACAUCAUUCUGUUAGGCAAGUCUUUCUAUAGAAAUGCAGCAUUUGUAAUAUUGCAUUUCCAACCCUAUCUUUGGGUCUUAUUUUUGGUCUACCUACACAAGUUAUUCUUUCUGAACUUGUACUACCAGUUCCAAAGUGUGGGAGACAUGUUAAAGCUGAGAGGAUGCUGUCUUAUCUCAUACAUUAUAUAUAAGUCCCAGUGGUUUACCUAGAGAAAUAGUGUUCCUCUUAAAUAUUCUUGAUUCUAGUGACAGAGGAUCCAGCAGUAUUUCCAGAUUCUGAUUUUGAGUCUCUAGAUAAUUGAUAUAAGUGUAAAAUCCAACCCAUACCAUAACUUCAAUAAAUUAGGAUAAUGGGAAGAGAAAAUAAAAUUUAAAACAUACUAUUACCCAUUAUUAGUGAUUUUAAAAACGGAUAGGACUAGUGAAUUUUUUUUUUAACCAACUCUAUUGGAUUCUAAACUAAACACCAAGGUAUCUAUUGUUUUAAACCAUAAAGGAACACAAUUCAAAUUCAUUUGGAAGUAGCAGACUUUCCUUAUACAUAAGCUAAUAUUCCUUACAAUAAUAUUUCUAUGAGUUGUUAGUAUACAUAUUUUAGAAAUGAUUAAUUGGGCCCAGGUUUCCUGAUUUUAUUUAAUAUGGUUACAUUUAAUAAUUUUGUGGCCAGUAAAAUUAUACCAUUGGCAUGAAGCUCUAAGAUAUUUUUUCUGUUUCCUUUUUGAAAUUUAUUUUAUUUGUUGGUUAACGUACAGUAAAAUUGACCUUUGUUUUUGGUGUACAGUUCUAUGAAUUUUUACAUAUGUACAGAUUUAUGCAACCACCACUGCAAUUAGGAUACAGAACAUUCCAUCACCCUCCAAAACUCCUUUAUGCUUCCCCUUUGUAGUCAGCUUCUCAUCCUAGCACUAAACCCAGGCAGCAGUUCUCCAUCAUUAUAAUUUUGCCUUUUCUGAAAUAUCAUAAAUGGAACCUUAUAGUAUGUUCCUCUUUAUUAAAAAAAAAAUUAUUAUUUCUUUUGGCUGCACUGGGUCUUAGUUGCAGCACACGGGAUCUUUUAGUUGCGGCAUGCGGACUUCUUGGUUGCAGCAUGCAUGUGGGAUCUAGUUCCCUGACCAGGGAUCAAACCCAGGCCCCUUGCAUUGGGAGCACGGAGUCUUACCCACUGGACUACCAGGGAAAUCCGUAGCAUGUUCCCUUUUGAUAUGCUUUUUUCACUCAGCAUAAUGCCUUUGAGACUCAUCCAUGUUGCUGUGUGUGUCAGUAGUUCAUUCCUUUUUUUAUCUUGAAUUGGCAAUAUAUAUUAGUUUUCUUACUGUCACUAGAUGAGCAGUUUAAAUAUGGGUAGCUAUUAGUAUUCUCUUAAUAACUUUUUUCAUUUACAUUAAUGCAAUUUUUAUAACCCUCCCUAGAGUUUUCUUUUUUCAUUUUUCCUAAAGUGUUCUAUUUGCCUUUUCCCCCUCAGUUUUAUGAGAUGUACUUGACAUACAUCACUUUAUGAGUUUAAGGUGUAUAGCAUAAUAUUCUGACUUACAUAUAUUGAAAUACUUAGUGCAAUAAAUUUAGUAAGGAUCCAUCAUCAUAGAGAUACAAUAAAAAGAGAGAGCAAAAAACCAUUUUAUUUUUCUUUUUAUGAGGAUAUUGACUGAAAAAAAUGUACAAUGCGAGAGUUGCUGUAAGGACACUAAGGAUUAAGUGGUCAUGGAGGUAGAAGGGGCAGAGGAUCCAUCACACCCCACUGCACCCUCUGGACUUCCUGUUAGGUGAGAAUUAUAAACCUCCUACUUCUUUUAGUCACUGUUUUCCAUUCACUCAUAAAUAAAAAUUGUCUGCACAGGGAGCACCAGGGCCAGGGCAGGGGAGGGUGCUUCCCUGUACCAUUAAAAUGCUCACUUUAAGUUCCUGUCUUGAACAGGUUUAAGAUAAAAGUGUACAGUUCUGUGGGCCACUUACGUCUGAAAGUAAGAUGUUUCCUCCUGAAGAGUUGAAAACGAUUUUAAUAAAAAGUUGUUUUUGCCAGCA